GUUUUCGUUCGUUGCCGAGUUUAGUUCACCGCGAUUCCACCUCUGAUCUGCGGAGUGGCGACGGUUUGUGGCAGUUUGAUUCAAAUUCCCGUGCUGCUGGAGCUGGAGCGCUGUCUUAACAGCAUCUCGUUAACUAUACGAUUCCGAAAUUAAGCAAACUUGUUGCCCAGUAAACUAUAUACAUAUAUCGUUAGCCCCAGAAAAACCAAACAACCAAAGCGGCCAGCAUGCAGACAGUCAUUAAGAACCCUAACUGGUGGCGUCGUCGCACCAAGUUGGAGAGAAGUCUGCUGGUAGUCAGCGGUAUUUUUUUUGUAGCAGCCGCCGCCGGAUUCGGACUAUGGAUAAGUGAAGCCCUGAAGGCGUCCAGCCCUCCGGAGAAUCCACACGCCACCGCCCUUGUUGGCGACAGCACCACCACCAACAAAGUGAACAUGGGCCCUGGCGCGAAGGGCAAGCCAGGUAACUCCCUCGACGUGUGCCUCACCGAAGAGUGCAUCCACACGGCGUCCACCGUGCUGCGGAAGAUGAAACCCGAAGUGGAGCCUUGUGAUAAUUUCUACGAAUUCGCUUGCGGCACCUACCUCGAGGAGGAGAACAUCCCUGAUGACAAGGUCUCCAUCAGUACCUUCUCUGUGAUCUCUGACAAGCUGCAGGAGCAGCUGAAGGACAUCAUCAUUGCUGAGCGACCGGAAACGGAGCCAAAACAUUUCCGGCUGCCAAAUCUUCUCUACAAGGCCUGCAUGAACAAGACUCUCAUCGAGGCCCUGGGUCCUGAGCCUAUCAGGCGAGUAGCCGAACAGCUGGGCGGUUGGCCGCUAAUCAAGGGAGACUCGUGGAACGCAGACGACAGCUGGACCUGGCAGGAGCAAGUCAAGAAGUUCCGCUCUGCCGGAUUCAGCAUGGACUACAUCAUCGACUUCUCGAUCGGUGUCGAUCUGCAGAACAGCACUAAACGUCUUAUAGAUUUGGAUCAGUCUUCACUGGCCUUGAGUCGCGAGUACUUGGUUAAGGGCUUCAAUGAGACCCUGGUGACCGCCUACUACGAGUAUAUGGUGGACAUCGCCGUGCUCUUCGGAGCUAAUAAGGAUCUGGCCAAGACGGAACUGCUAACAUCACUGGAGUUUGAGAUGGCCCUGGCCAACAUCUCUUGGCCCAAUGAGAAGCGUCGCAACUCCUCGGAGCUGUACAAUCUGAGGACUCCGGCGCAGUUGCAGGCCGCUUAUCCGUACGUGCAGUGGGUGGAUUACAUGAACGCCCUGCUGCCGGAGGGACUAAAUGUGGCAGAGGACGAGAUGAUCAACCUGUCGGUACCCAGUUUCUUCGAAGAUCUCGGCAAGCUGCUGGCCAAAACGCCGAAGCGGGUUAUUGCUAACUACAUGUUCUGGCGUAUCCAUGGAUUCUCCGUAGGAUUCCUAAAUGAGGAGUUCCGCAAGCGGCAGCUACAGUACGCCACUGCCCUUUCCGGUCGCCAAGAGCAGGAGGCCCGAUGGAAGGAAUGCGUGGACAUCACCACUGGCAGCUACGAAGAAACCGAAGAAUUUUUCGAUAGCCUUGGCAUUUCCGUGGGAUCGCUCUACGUCCGCAAACACUUCCACAAGGACUCGAAGGCCAACGCCCUACAGAUGGUCGACGACAUCCGCAGCGUGUUCAGCGACAUUUUGGACGAGGUCCACUGGAUGGACGCUAAGACCAAGAAGGAAGCCAAGGAGAAGUUGCACAGCAUGGCCACCCACAUCGGGUAUCCGGAUGAAAUGCUCGACAAUGAAAAGCUGGCCACGUACUACGCUAAGCUAAACAUCGAUCCCGACAAGUACUUUGAGUCUUUCUUGGGCAUGAACAUCUUCGGCACGGACUACUCCUUCAACAAGUUGCGUCUGCCAGUCAACAAGACCGACUGGGUUCGGCAUGCUCGUCCGGCGAUCGUGAACGCCUUCUACUCUUCCCUGGAGAACAGUAUUCAAUUCCCGGCUGGCAUCCUGCAGGGACACUUCUUCAACGCCCAACGUCCGAAGUAUAUGAACUUCGGCGCUAUUGGCUAUGUUAUUGGGCACGAAAUCACCCACGGCUUUGACGACCAGGGUCGCCAGUUUGAUGUUAAGGGCAAUUUGAGAGACUGGUGGCAGCCGGAUACCCAGAAGGCCUACUUGGCCAAGGCGAAAUGCAUUAUCGAGCAGUACGGCAACUACACCGAAAGGGCGACGGGCCUGAACCUGAAUGGAAUCAACACCCAGGGUGAGAAUAUCGCCGAUAACGGCGGCGUUAAGGAGUCGUACAUCGCGUAUCGAAGAUGGGUGGAGAAACAUGGACCGGAGCAAAAGCUCCCCGGGUUAGACUACACCCCGGAGCAGAUGUUUUGGGUGGCAGCCGGCCAGACCUGGUGUGCUAAAUACCGUAAAGAAUCUCUCAAGAUGCGUAUUACUACUGGCGUACAUUCGCCAUCCGAGUUCCGAGUCCUUGGAUCGCUCAGCAAUAUGAAGGACUUUGCCAAGGACUUCCAAUGUCCGGAGGGUUCGCCCAUGAACCCGGUUCAAAAGUGUGAAGUUUGGUAGGAUCUGUUCCGGCGCCGAUUACGGAUUUUUGUGUCCGCCGUGACACGAUAAGUAAUAGAAUGCAUGGAAUGCCAGCGAUCAAGCCCGAUUCUAGAUGGGCUAAUCUCAAGUAGAAAUACAAAUACAAUACCAAGCGUAUUUAUGCUAAGUGUGCAUUAUGUAAAAAUCGUAUUUAAUAAAAAAAUGUUUAUAUGUAAAGAA